CACAACCAAAGCAGUGGUAUUGGUGGUGGUGCCACGGGUGGCCCUGGUGGCUUUGGAGGAGGCUCUCCUGGUGGAAUGGCUGGCCAACGCCCUGGUGGAAUGAGCAAGCCAGGUGGCAUUGGAGGUGCUGCCGGAGGGCUCGGUGGCUUUGGAGGAGGCUCUCCUGGUGGAAUGGCUGGCCAAGGUCCUGGUGGGCCAGGUGGCAUCGGUGGUGGUGCAGGAGGGCCUGGUGGCUUUGGAGGAAGCUCUCCUGGUGGAAUGCCUGGUCAAGGUCCGGGUGGAAUGAGCAAGCCAGGUGGCAUUGGUGGUGGUGCAGGUGGGCCUGGUGGCUUUGGAGGCAGCUGUCCUGGUGGAAUGCCUGGUCAAGGUCCUGGUGGAAUGAGCAAGCCAGGUGGCAUUGGAGGUGGUGCCACAGGUGUGCCCUGGUGGCUUUUGGAGGAUGUGCUCUCCUGGUGGAAUUGGUCUGGCCACGCCCUGGUGAAUGAUGCACGCUCAGUGUGCAUUGGAGGUUGCUUACCGGUAGGACCAUUGGUUGCUCGGGAUGGUGGCCCGGUGGAAUGA